ACCAUCGUCAAGUCGUAAUAAUAUUCCUCGUAUCAAAACUCCAUUCUCCAUUUCAGAUCUAACCACAUUUUUUACGCGCAAUCAUAUACAAAAUCCGUUCGUAUUGGCGUUGCUACAAAUACAGGAUGGGCGGAGUGCCAUCAACGCCUCGACUCGCCGGCGGAGCACGGCCGCACGAGACGGCCGAGUACUUGAUUGGCGAGUUCGUCGGUGAAAAAUCUUUUCCUCUCGCGUCCGAUUACUGGCAGAAGCUUCUCGAACUCCCUCUCGACCUCCGAUGGCCAUCGCACCGGGUCCGACAAGCUUGCCAACUCCUCGCCAAGAACAAUUAUAGGACGAGGCACCUUGCGAAAAUUUUGAUUCACUUAGCUUGGUGCUUGCAAGAGUGUGUUUCUGCUUCUGAUAUGGUGUCCCUUGCUUUCUCAAAAGCUCUAAACGCUCUGUUUGUAUCAUUUGUUUUUCUGAAGUAUUUAAUUGAAACUUCUAAGAGUGAAGAGUUUGAAGAACUAUACUUAUCGCUGGACGAAACUGAUUCACUGCCCAGUAAUUUUCCAAAAGAUCAAAAUGUUGAAAACCUCAUCAUGUGCAGUGUGCUCAACUUUAUUGGCAAAGUUGAUGUGAGUCCUGGAACAUAUCUUCUGCACCAAGAACUGCUUAACUUUGUACUGAUUGCCAUGUCUACACAACUUCGUUCUGGACCCACGCCAGGAUCAAAUGAUAGGCAUCCUUUUAUUGAUGCUGCAAUGUCUCAGGAAAACUCUUUGGUUAAUUUGGUUGUUCGCAAGUUAUUGCUCAAUUACAUAACACGUCCAGAGUUUCCUGCAAACACCUCAUAUACCAUGAUAUUAUCUGAAAAAAAUCAGUCUGGUGUUUUAAGGAGAGUUGGCUCUGCAGCUGCAAGCUUGAUGUUGUUGCCCUUCAAUUACUUAGUUAACUCCUCUGGUGAAGCUUCAAGAAGUCUGUUGUCCGAAGGCAGUCUUAAUGCUUUGCUCAUUCUUAGUUAUUAUCAUAAAUGUAAAUCUGUCGACUAUGUGAAGUGUAAAGAUGAUAACAGCAGUUCCGAGUACCUCCUAAAGGAAGAAGUAUACUUUUCUGAAAAUCCUUUCCGUAAAGCGCUGGAAAAUGCCCAGGAUAUUGAAUUUGAUCGGGAUGAUACUGAGGCAAAUGCUCGCGGUGGCCCGCUUGUUAGAUUACCUUUUGCAUCUCUUUUUGAUACCCUUGGCAUGUGCUUGGCGAAUGAAACCUCUGUCUUGUUGCUUUACUCGCUUGUGCAUGGGAAUUCAAAUUUUCUGGAGUAUGUUCUGGUGCGAACAGAUCUAGAUACACUGUUGAUGCCAAUGUUGGAGACUCUUUAUAAUGCUCAGAGCAGGACAUCCAAUCAUAUAUAUAUGGUUCUCGUCAUCUUUCUGAUACUAAGUCAAGACUCGUCUUUCAAUUCCAGCGUUCACAAGCUGAUGCUGCCAAAUGUUCCAUGGUAUAAAGAACGUAUCCUUAGUCAAACUUCCCUCGGUUCCCUCAUGGUGAUAAUUUUAAUUAGGACAGUGAAGUACAAUCUCUCUAAGCUACAGGAUGUCUACCUCCAUACAAAUUGUCUUGCAACUUUGGCAAAUAUGGCGCCUCAUGCACAUAGGCUGAGUUCGUAUGCUUCACAACGGCUGGUCAGCCUUUUUGAUAUGCUUUCACGGAAGUACAAUAAAUUAGCGGAGAUUAAAAACGACAAGAUGAGCCUUCCAAAUGGUGAUCCAAGAGGAGACGGCCUUCUGGAUGAUCUUUCAGCUGAGCUGCAUAUAUACACCGAUUUCCUGAGACUUGUGCUGGAGAUACUAAACGCAAUCCUUACUUAUGCGUUGCCACAGAACCCGGAGGUUGUUUAUGCAAUUAUGCACAGACAAGAAGUGUUUGUACCUUUCAAAAAUUAUCCUCGUUUUAGUGAGCUGUUGGACAACAUAUAUACCGUUUUAAAUUUCUUUAAUAGCCGUAUAGACGCUCAGAAGAUGGAUGGAGAGUGGUCGGUGGAGAAAGUGCUUCAAGUGAUAAUUAGCAAUUGUCGAUCUUGGAGAGGGGAGGGCAUCAAGAUGUUUGCACAAUUACGCUUCACGUACGAACAAGAGAGCCAUCAUGAGGAAUUUUUCAUCCCAUACGUGUGGCAGUUGGUACUGUCUCGCAGAUUUUCAAAUAGAUCUUCAGUCAGUUUUGGUGGUUUGAGUUACAUUGUCUUCUGCAGUGAUUUCACUUUCGAUCCCAGUAGCAUAAAUUUGUUCCCGGUGCCUCUAGAGGAUGAAAUGAACGAGCAGGAGGUCGAGAAACUUCAAAAUGGUGAGGUGACAGAAGAUGCACAACAGUUAGAGAUACCUGUAUAGAUGUUAUUCACCUGGAGUGGCUUUGAGAUCAUUAUGUACAUAUCCACAUGACUAUCAGGAAUGAAAUUCUUUUACUCGUAUUUCUCCAUUUAUAGCUUCAUGUCUUCGUUCUUUUGUGGAUAAGGUAAUGUAAAAAGGUAAGAGCUUUGAAAUACAUAGUAUAUUACCGUCAUUUGCGAUUCUCUAGGAACUUUCAGUCUGUGUUUGCAUAUUGUUGUUGUUAUUAAUAGCUGCUUCUACUUUCCUAUGGGGCUAGCUGCAGAACAUAGAGCUUGAUACGCAUUCGGUGCAUCUGUGUGCGUGUUUGUUCGAAUUAUUUUUGAGCUUCAGUUUUCCUAGAUAUUAAUCUAACAAAAUUUUAGAUAAAUUUAAAAUUACC